UGCAAAGCAUGUCAUUUCCUUGUUAGUUUCGUGGAGGACCUUCAGAUGGCGUAGCAGCUUCCAUAUCUAUCAGUUUUGGUUUCUGGGAUUGAUCAGAAAAAUGGAUGCAAAACAAAGGAGGAGAGCUGCCACAGAAAAUGGGGAUGCAGGGGAGGACUUGGUCCUUGCAACUUUGAUUGGGAAUGGGGAUGAUCUGGGCCCUCUUGUUAGGCAUGCGCUUGAGAUGGGACGGCCCGAAGGGCUUCUUCACCAGCUAAAGACUGUUGUGAAGAAGAAGGAAGUUGAAAUAGAGGAGCUCUGCAAGACCCACUAUGAGGAAUUCAUUCUUGCUGUUGACGAACUUCGUGGUGUGCUGGUUGAUGCGGAAGAAUUGAAAGGUGAACUUUCAAGUGAUAAUUUUAAACUACAAGAGGUUGGCAGUGCUCUUUUAAUCAAACUCGAGGAGCUUCUUGAAUCUUUUUCGAUUAAAAAGAAUGUGACUGAAGCUAUCAAAAUGUCUAAGAGAUGUGUGCUGGUGUUGGAUCUUUGUGCCAAAUGUAACAAUCAUAUUUCUGAAAGCCAGUUUUACUCUGCAUUAAAAACUGUGGAUCUGAUUGAAAAGAAUUACUUGCAGACUAUUCCUGUCAAGGCACUGAGAACGGUGAUUGAGAAAAGAAUUCCAGUGAUAAAACUGCACAUUGAAAAGAAAGUGUGUAGUCAAUUUAAUGAAUGGUUAGCUCACAUAAGGAGUUCUGCGAAGAAUAUUGGACAGACAGCAAUAGGUCAUGCUGCAUCAGCUCGCCAGAGGGAUGAGGAAAUGCUGGAACGCCAGAGGAAAGCUGAAGAACGGAGUGUUUUUAGUUUAGGAGAUUUUGCCUAUAUGUUAGAUGUUGAAGAAAUUGAUGAAGAUUCUGUAUUGAAUUUUGAUCUGACACCUCUAUAUCGGGCUUAUCACAUUCACACUUGCCUCGGUGUCCAAGAACAGUUUCGUGAAUAUUAUUAUAAGAAUCGAGUCUUGCAGCUCAGUUCAGACUUGCAAAUAUCUACAACACAACCUUUUGUUGAGACUUAUCAGACAUUUUUGGCCCAAAUUGCUGGUUACUUCAUAGUGGAGGAUUGUGUCCUGAGGACUGCUGGGGGGCUAUUGUCAGCUGAUCAGGUUGAGACAAUGUGGGAAAUUGCUAUAGCUAAAAUGACAUCAGUGUUGGACGAGCAAUUCUCUUACAUGGAUUCUGCGACCCACCACCUCCUGGUGAAGGAUUAUGUCACUCUUCUAGGGUCUACUCUUAGACAAUACGGGUAUGAAGUUGGCCCACUUGUUGAGGUUCUUGAUAGGUGCCGGAACAAAUACCAUGAGCUUCUUUUGGAAGAGUGUCGUCUACAAAUUGUUAAUAUUCUUGCCAAUGAUACCUAUGAGCAGAUGGUAAUGAAAAAGGAUACUGACUAUGAGAAUAAUGUUUUGGCGUAUAAUCUGCAGAACUUGGACAUAAUGCCAGCUUUUCCAUAUAUUGCACCAUUCUCCUCCAUGGUACCUGAUGUCUGCCGCACUGUAAGAUCAUUCAUUAAAGGGUCUGUUGAUUACCUGUCUCACGGGGUGCAUUCUAAUUUUUACGAUGUUGUGAAGAAAUAUGUGGACAAACUUUUGAUUGACGUUUUAAACGAAGCAAUACUGAAUACAAUUAGCAGUGGCACCAUUGGAGUGUCUCAGGCCAUGCAGAUUACUGCAAAUAUAUCUGUUCUCGAAAGAGCUUGUGAUUUUUUUCUUCGACAUGCAGCCCAACUAUGUGGUAUCCCAGCGCGAACAGUUGAGAGGCCUCAAGCUAGUUUAACUGCAAAGGUGGUUCUGAAAACUUCCAGGGAUGAAGCCUAUAUUUCUUUGCUGAAUUUGGUGAACACCAAGUUGAACGAGUUUAUGACACUAACAGAAAGUAUCAAUUGGACUUCAGAGGAAAUAGCCCAGAAUGGGAAUGAGAAUAUGAAUGAAGUGAUCAUUUACCUUGACACUCUUAUUUCCACAGCGCAGCAAAUUUUACCCAUGGAUGCUCUCUUCAAGGUCGGGAGUGGAGCCCUUGAGCAUAUAUCCAACUCAAUAGUCGCAGUUUUUCUUAGUGAUAAUGUCAAGAGGUUCAAUGCGAAUGCUGUUAUGGGUAUUAACAAUGAUCUAAAGAUGCUAGAGUCUUUCGCAGAUGAGAGGUUCCAUACCACUGGCUUGAGUGAAAUAUACAAGGAAGGUAGUUUUAGGGGCUGUUUAAUAGAAGCACGGCAAUUGAUAAAUCUUUUAUUGAGCAGCCAGCCAGAGAACUUCAUGAAUCCGGUGAUAAGGCAGAAAAACUAUAACACACUGGAUUAUAAGAUGGUGGCCAACAUCUGUGAUAAAUUCAAAGAUUCUUCAGAUGGGAUCUUUGGAAGCCUUUCCAACAGGAAUACAAAGCAAAGUGCUCGGAAGAAAUCCAUGGAUACGCUGAAGAAAAGACUGAAGGACUUCAACUAAUAAGGCUUAAGUUAUAUAUUUGCAUCAGAACUUGCUUUUUCCAAGAAAUGAAGAUGGUCAACUGAUGUGGGGAAAAACAUUUGUACGUGCGUAGCUUUAACGGUCUCGGUAGACGUGGUGCCAGCUCUGUAUUCCCCUGCCUCCCUUUACAUAUAGAUCCAUGCUCAAAUCCUCAACCCAAUAAAUUCUAGUUCUGGUGAUCAUAGAUUAUUAGAAAAAAAAGCCUAAGACAAGAUGGUUGCAAGCUAGCAAGAGCCUGGGGGGGUCAAAGCACCAACACUAUUUUAUGUAACCUGAUGUGUUAGACUUUCAUAUCAAUGAUGUAUUAAGAGUACUCGGUUAGGUUCUCAAUCAAUUCUACAUCGACAACCAUAUCUAUUUGAUACCCAAAAUCAGACUAGCGUGUUUUCACCAU